GAGCCCAAAGGAGGAGAGCCUCGUGUGAGGAGGAGACCGAGUAGACCCCGCACACGACACGUCCCACGCCACAGCAGCUUUCUGGUUGCCGUAGAUAGAGAGAGAGAGGGAGGGAGGAACUUUGAUCCGAGGCCAAGUGUGUGUUUUUGCCACGAGAACGAUGAUCUCCCCGUGUCAACGUUUUGGUGCUUUUUUACUGACAUUCGCUCUCGUCUCAAUCGUCAUUCGCGCGUGAAUGAGGCGCGGCGUCCUCAGCGCAUUGUUUCCACCUCCCUUUUGUUUUGGGAUUUCCAGCCGCGAUGUCUGCAACGUUUCGCUAUUUUUUUCUGGUUCUCCUCACUCCGCUGUCAGGAGGUGCUCAGACCGAGAUGAAGAAGGUAGUUGGGGACAACGCCACUUUACCUUGCCACCACCAGUUCCAAUCAUCUGGCUCGAUUGACAUUGAGUGGCUCCUGCAGAAACCAAACUCCAAACAGAAAGUGAUCAUUACGUUCUUCGGUGGCCACGUGUACACCAACGAAGCGACGAGCACUGAUGGCAGUCGCCUGUCCUUUGCUGGAGAGUACCUGGGGGGUGACGCCUCCCUGCUGAUCAGUGAUCUGCUGCUGACCGACUCCGGGGAGUACUACUGCAAGGUCAAGACCGGGGGGAAGUACCACUGGAGCCAAGUCAACCUCAUUGUGCUGGUGAAACCCUCAAAGCCCAGAUGUUGGAUGGAUGGCGACCUCCUGGAAGGUAGUGACGUCAAACUGAGCUGCAAGUCCAGCGACGGUUCUGACCCUAUCAACUACAAGUGGGAGCGAGUGCUGGACAAAGGCAAAAGCCUGGGAAAACUGCCAAACCUGGCACUGAUAGAUCUGAAGAACCCUGAACUUGUGACCCUGAGGAACCUCACCAUGGACAGCACAGGUGUCUACAGGUGCACAGCCAGCAAUGAUGUGGGCGAGGAAAACUGCACCAUUGAGGUCACAAUGCAGCAUGUGAGGGAUAUGGGCAAGGUCGCUGGCGCCGUAGUGGGAAUUUCCCUGGGUGUGCUCAUCGUCAUAUUAAUUAUUUGGCUUGUCUUCCGAACAAAAGAGAAAAAGAAGUACGAGGAAGAGGAGACUCCAAAUGAAAUAAGAGAGGAUGCCGAAGCUCCCAAGGCAAAGCUGGUGAAGCCCAAUUCCCUGUCUUCGUCCCGUUCCGGCAGCUCACGCUCAGGUGCCUCUUCGACCCAGUCGAUGGUGCACAACAGCGCCCAGCGCGGGCACCGCCCCCGCCCACCUGCAGUUGCAGCGCUGAAGGAAAAUGGACAACCUCCGGGCUUUCCCCAGUCCCCUCCGGCUUACACCACAGUGGUGCCGUCCAAGACCCCCGAGCCCCCCGCCACUCCCAAAUUCAACUCCAGGAAUAUGUCUGGGCCAACACCCCCGACCCUAAUGGUCCCCGCCCAGACCAAGGCCUUUCAGACUGUGUAGGACCCCUGCCCAGACUCCCAUCCAUACCCCACAACCUUGCACCCACUUCCUAAAAGCUAAGACUCCUCCAUAAACAAAGAAAUGCAACUAGUUAAAAGGAUGUUAUUAAAAAUUCAAUACUAUAAGUCAAGUACUUCUAAUGAAUGCAUACUUAAAAGGGAAAAUAUGAAAUGCUUGUCCCCUACUGAAUUACAAAAAAAACACACACACACACACACACAAAAAGAUCAGAGAAAAGGCACUGUUUGUGUCUUAUGACUCAAGGAAGGAAGCACUGUGAGCGGAAAGCUUAAAGCCCCCCCACCCCCCCACUCCCUUGUUGAGUAUAUAUCUAAUCCAAAUUUUAGGCUUGUAACGGAGCAAAGGGUGAAGCAUUCAAACCUCGGUGAAAGUGGAAGUAGCCCCCCUCCCACCACGGGAUGUACAGAAAUGGAGACUGCAGAUAUUUUCUAUCCAGCAGGAGGAUGAUAUGAUGUCAUCUUCUUCCAGCAUCAGAUCCAAAACCACAGACCCCAUUUGCCACCCGUGGGUUGACCCAAUUGGGCCCAUUCGUGCGGCCAGACACAGUAUUUCAGUGUGUGUGUGUGCGCAUGUGUGUGUGUGCGCAUGUGUGUGUUCAACAUCAACCUCUCUCAUGAGAAACACACAACAAAGCUACUUAGACUCCCUCAUGUGACUGAACAGCCUAUCUGCUUUACCACCAGCAGGGCAAACUUCACAUCGCACUAACAGUGGAGUCAUAUCAACGGAGUCUUCACCUCUUUUCUGGUACUGAAUACCUUAACGUCUAUUAACUACAUAGACUCGGCCUGUAGAUGGGCCGUGCUUUCCGUAUAAGCAUCAAUAGCUGAAGUCAAGUAUAAUAUUUGCCACCGAUCCCUAAUAAGGCGUAUUAUUAUUUUUUCUUUGUUUGUUUGUACCAAUGCUGAAACCAAAAUGUGUCACCAUGAAUGUGUGAUGGAUGAUGAGGAGCGAGGACGUUGUUUUCGCUCCCAGAGAGGUACUGAAUCAAUCGGCUCAUCGAAGUAUCCCUAAGUGGAGUUGUAUGCGCUCUCUCUUCCUGGUGCGAUCUUCAGUCGAGUCCAGUCAAGUCCGAUUUAUUUAUACAGCACUUAAUCACAAAAAGACUCCCAAGUCCACCAUUGACAAAUAUUAAUGACAUCUCCUGAUCUAAACCUGACCAAGAGGAGAAGGUACAAAAAUAAAAACAAUAAGAAGGAUGACAGAUGUAGGCAAUUCCCCUUCCAGGGUGACCAGGGCUGAAAUGGACGCCAAGUGGGCAACAUUUAGUGACACCUAGUGGUACGAUACAAUAUUGUCUUGUACUACGACAUCAAAUUAAUAACAAAGCUGAAGUGAGCUUUAAAGUGUUCUAUUAUUUACGAUGGUAGGCACAUCUUACAGUAUGACGGCACCAUUUCACAGAAAUGAUUCGAUCCUCACAUAAAUUAUUCGAUUAUUCGAUUCUAAGUCACAGGCGCAUUGCUGAAAACACAAAAACGCACCAUCGGAGAAGUUGGGAGAUGUUACGAGAGGCAGACCAGGCAGGAGAACCGCAGCAACCGAGCGUGUUGCUUCGUAUGGUUGGUGUACAUAAUGACCAACACGUACGAUUCAUUAAAUCAAGAAAAAGACAGUCACAGUCUUAACGAGACAUUGUGAGCUUCAGCACUCGGGACUACGUAAUCCCCCCCACCCCCAAGAUAGAUGUUUACGAAAAAAUAAUUUCUCAGCAGUUGUUGGUUUUUUUUCAUGUUCAAAGAGCUACUUUUCAGAGUAGCAUCAGACGCAAUGCCAGGAAGAGAGAUGCCACUCUGUUGUUCGGCUCAUUAGCAAGCCAGUCCUCUCGUUUGCCUCUGUCAGCUUCUUGCAAGCCUCCGCUCUUGUCUGCUUGCCUCAGUCUGUCCGUACCUUACUUGUCUCAUUAUAUAACGUGUUGAAUUAGUGAAGAUAACCCAAAGAAGACACGAGGCCGAAGCUUUUUAGACAUCAUCGUGAGAAGGGCCAAUUAGGCCGAAUAAAAGGAACGGGAAGACUCAUUUCAGUUGUAAAAGAGAAUGCAUCGAAAUCAGUGUCAGGACUCUCAAUGGAUCCAUAAUAAUGGGGUGGCAGUCAAUGGCUGUCUGGCUGACUCAGAGGGCGCCGGUGUGUUCUUGGUCCGCCUGGUAUCAGCCAACGCGCCUUUUGUCACAUAGUCACAGACCCAGUGCAGUUUGAUUGAACGUAGCUUAAAAUAGAGCAAGUAGAUUUUCUAUCAGUGUGCCUUUGCAAUCCCUUAUUCCUUUUCACACUUUCUUUCUUUGUCUUUAUCUUCACCGCACCGACUCAGAAGGUCUUUCGCGAUAAAUAUCGAUGCUACUUCAAUAAGUCUCCCGCGGGGGAGGAAACAAAAAAAAAUGAGGCUUUCCAAAAUGGGGCACUUCAGAGCAGUUCAAAGUAUCAAUUAUUGAGAAAGCAAUAUAAAGCCACGGGCGAUGUACUGUACAUGAUGUAAUCAGUAUUGUUUUGUAUUGUACAUACAGAUAGAUAUAUGCACAUGAUGUCAUUUGCCUUGAUCAAUUAGGGUACAUGAGGGGAGAUUUGCUCCCUCUACAGGUAAAAGUCAAAUGGAAAACCCAAAGGUGAAUUCAAAACAUGUUGUUUUGUGUUCUAAAUCAGUGGUCCGAAGAGUUUUUUGUUUUGUUUUGUUUUUUCCGACAGACUCCGGACCUUCAUCGUAGUACAGAUUUUUCACGGAACAGCAACCAUUGCCAGUAAUUGCCAAUAGGGGGGCGGUGGUGCUCACACAUAUUCCCAACUGGGAUGUGUAUGUUCUACGCACACACACACAUACACAUACACACACGCUUUUCAAAUGACAUCCAAGGGAAAACUGAAGUGAAGUCAGUCAGAACAUGCCCCGCAAAAACAGGUGAAGACUGCGGAGCAUCGUACUGCACCCUCCAAAACUAAGACAAUCUAAUAUUACCACGUGUGUUUAUGAGGCACAAUACUAGAAAUUCAGUUUAGUACCUGCUUUUUGACCAUGGAAAAUUGUUGAGUCAUUCAUACUUUGAAGGUUUCACUUCACAAGUGAUUUGUUACUUGUUAAGCUUUGGUGGCGGUCAUGAGAGUUGGCCUUAUCUUUGGAUGUUCCUUGUCAAACUGAAGUGAAGUUGGAAAUUGAUAUUCAAAUUUGUGAGAUCCAUCCAUCCAUCAUCUACCGUUUAUCCGGGGCCGGGUCGCGGGGGCAACAGCUUUAGCAGGGAAGCCCAGACUUCCCUCUCCCUAGCUACUUCUUCCAGCUCUCCCCGGGGGAUCCCGAGUCGUUCCCAGGCAAGCUGGGUGACAUAGUCUCUCCAGCGUGUCCUGGGUCUUCCUCGGGGUCUCCUCCCGGUGGGACAUGACCGGAACACCUCACUGGGAGGCGCUCAGAGGGCAUCCGAAUCAGAUGCCCAAGCCACCUCACCUGGCUCCUCUCGAUGUGGAGGAGAAGCGGCUCGACUCUGAGCCCCUCCCGGAUGACUGAGCUUCUCACCUUAUCUCUAAGGGAGAGCCCGGACACCCUCCGGAGAAAACUCAUUUUGGCCGCUUGUAUCCGGGAUCUCGUUCUUUCGGUCACGACCCAUAGCUCGUGACCAUAGGUGAGGGUUGGGACGUAGAUCGACCGGUAAAUUGAGAGCUUCGCCCUUUGGCUCAGCUCCUUCUUCACCACGACAGACCGAUACAACGUCCGAGAUAGAUUGUGAGAUCUGCGGUGGAAAUAAACAUGUACUUUGACUUCACGUGAGGGACUUCCCUUCUGACUCGCCUGUGAAGGGAGGCGGAAAGAUGCCUUUUAAACAGACAGCAGUUCGUAGCCGACCAAGGAAGCUAGCGUGUGUAUGUGUGCAUGUGAAUAUGAGUGUCAGUGUGGACGGUGAGGGUGCGUGCAUGUUAUUUCAGUCUAAGCCCUCAGGCCACGCCCACACACACUCUACAGUUCGCCAUUCGGCGAAUGAGAGGGGAUCUAAACGGGCAAAGUAGCCGUUAAUUAACGAUCACCUGACUGUCAGUAUUUUCAUUUGGACCGAAGAGUCAAUUGAAGCUUGCCUUCCAAGCGGCAGCCAUAUUUACGCUUGUAGGGGAGGAGGAGUGUGUCGAGACAAGUGUGUACAUAAUUCAUCAGUGGGCUUCAUGCUUUUACACUUGGCCGCGGGUGCGCACACACAAUAAUAUUAUAUGUACAUGCAAAUACUAUAUUAAGUAGUUAUGCAUGUGGACAAAAAGUCUUGGGACGGAGCCUACCUCUUGAGCGAUUAAACUGUAAGGCCGAGCUACGCUUCUUACAAAGUCGAUUCGUGGGAUUCUGAAGAUGCCUUCCAAGUUGCUGGGAAGUCGGAAAUAGCCUAUUUGAAAUUUCGAAGGUGAGACUGCAAAGGAUUUUCCAAUGGGAAAAUAAACAACAACAAAAAAAAAACCCUGACAGGUACAUGACAGACUCAUGACAGACUCACAUAGUCUAAGGGAUUGGAACGGGAUUGGCAUCAGAUUACUUGAGUACAAUUCCAGCAGUGUCCCAAUACACUUGAGGUUGGAAUUUCCCAGUUUUCUGAAAUGCAGAUUUACGAUUCUUGACCAGACAAUUCGAUGCCUCCACCUCUGUGGGAAUAACUUUGAGGAAAGCCCAGUGAUCAGAGAGAGGUCCAUGGUCUGGACGAAUGAACACCUCGAUAAAUUCUUCCACAUAAUAUGGAUCUAGUGUAAAGUUGUAAAGUCUUUACCAGAAGACUGGAUGCGGUUAUAACUCCUCCAGCUUUUCUGUAGCUCUCUGUGUGUGUCCAGAUAUUUUUUUUUUGUCUCUGUAGCUGCAUUUCCACAAGCACGGAGGUGCUCACGCACAUUUCUGUUCCUUCAGAGUCAGCUUAAUGGAUUGGAUGUUGGGCACUAUUAAUAUGAACUAAUAGAAGUCGUGACAGUAACAGCAACAGUGGCGGAUUCUCCAAGCCGUUGCUUGUCACGAGAUUCUGUCAGAGCGCUGUAGCGCUGGGAAUCAGGAGGAGCUCCAAACACGAUUGAUAUCGAGCCAAAGCUCUCGACGUUGAAAUUCCCCUCCGCCAUCGAUGAAACAAUAGCAGCGGCAACGGCGGAGGAGGAAGAAAGGAGCCGUUCAAACUCCUCCAAGCGCUUUGACUCAGGUGGCAGAUCCCUGACUUCAUCCUCUCAUGUGCGGCGCUUUCUCUCAACGGAUUUCCGCGAUCUCGUGGAAUCAAGACCACACACACGGAGCGUAUCGUCUUUUAGAACAGUAUUUCAAUCGACACUGUAUGUGUAUUGUCUCAUCAUCAACACUCAAGUGUUAGGUUAACCCGUGUCGUGUGAUAACCGCAUUUUUAAUGUUUGUUUUAUUUCCGACUUGAGGGCGGAGCGAAAUGAUGCUCAGAGAUUUGGGCCUCGGAAUGUGACGCGUUUUCCCCCAAAAUGACGGACGGUGCUGAAGUCACCCUGGAAAAGGGAUCUGAAGGGACCUGCAUGUCAUACGAAACUGAGCAAAGGAAUGAGAAUGCUUUGCUUUGAUGUAUCAUACCUGUAUUUGGAUAAGGAAUUGAAAAAAAAAAUCUACAAUUGUACAUACAAAAUUUAUGAAGCUUUAUUUUUUUGGUCUUAUCUUUUGAUCUUUUUCAUUUGCAUCCAUGUACUUUGCACUUUUGUGUGUACUGCACUCAUCAUGGGUCUGUGUGGCAUGUGUGCGGUCGGCUGUUUCUCCCUGACGACAUAGCAAAAGCGUCAGGAGCAGACGCGCAUGCUCCAGCGGUACUGAAGGGUACGUGCAAGACACUCUUGUUUCCUUUGGACGAUCAUCCAUUUCUUUUCGGCAGUUGUUCGGUUUUGAGUCACCGUGCUGAAUUCUUUGUUUGAUUGAUGACAAAACAAUCCAUGUAAAUAUCACAAUUUUAAAAAUGUAUAUUUUUACGACUUAUGAGUUAUUACUCUUUCAUUUGCAAAUAAAAUAUUCAAUGACAACCAA